AUGGACACUAUCGGCGGUGGAUUCAGCCGGACUUCUCGGCCCCGCGGUACGGUGCAGGGACUGUUCACUCCCGAGGACGAGUACGGGGACCUGUACCCGGAAGUUAGCUCCAUAAGGAAAGACUCGCCGCCGCUGCGAGAGAUUCUUUCGAAGCGCGGUGCCUCCUUGUCGGAGUAUCUCAUCAGCGAUGCGGCCGCAGCCAAAGAUGAGGAAAAGGACCUCUUCUGGUUCCAUGGCCGUAUAACAAGGGACAUAGCCGUACAUAUUCUACGGGACAAUGGGUCGGGAGAGGGGACAUUCUUGGUGCGAGAGAGCACAAGUCGGAGCGGAGAUUAUGUUGUCUCAAUCAUGCACAACGGGGCGCCGCAACAUUUUCAGAUUCAGUGCAUGGGGGACUUUUAUUAUAAAAUAGACAACGGGCCCCUGUUUCAGGGACUGGACCAACUCAUAAACUAUUAUCGUCUGGGCUCUAAUGGGCUCCCGACGAAACUCACUGUAUUUUGCAAGGGGCUUACUCCACCUGCUUGCUCAAGACGAUUUGGUCGGACAACACCGCUCCACAGGUAA